CUGAGGCUUCCACUGUUUUACUGGUCCACUCGGAUGGUCCAGUAUCUCCCAAUCAUCCUAGAGAAUCGACCAAAACACAAUAAUGUGAAUGUAAGCAAAAAACCCAACAGCGAAUAAUGAUGAAUUUGCAAAAUAUAAUGAAAAACGCAGGUUUGAACUGUCCAAAAUGAAAACUUUAUGGAUUUGGGCAAUAUUUGGAGUUAUAUGUUUUGUCAGCCAGCAUGUCGGAGGGACUUCCAACUCGACCAAAAAGAGAUCUUCUGGCGAAUAUUACCAAAUAAACUACGCCGAUUACGAAAUUUUCAAUAACAACAGUCUGGAUGUGGAAUUCUCUUCGGACUCCUUGAUAAUUCCCAUUCCUGAUGACGCAACAGAAAGGGAUUCUGCUGAAACGUCGGACAAGGCCGAGGAAACUGUCGAUGGAGAUCUGAAAGAGCACGAUUUCAUAGAUAACCUGAUGUAUAUUUACUAUGGGUCUGGAAAUAAGGUUGGCCGCAGACCUUUCGCGUCAGAAAUCAUCAUUGUGGGUUCUGUACUCAGUACCGUCGCUCAGAUCUCGACCAUUCUGUUGAUUUUGGUGAAGAAAGACAUCCAUACCAAAAAGGACCUGAAGGAGCUGUUCCUGCAUCUGAUGUUCUCAUUUGGUGUCACGAACGUAGCCUUCAUACUAGGAAUUUUCGAAACCAAGUACUACGUCGAGUGCCUCCUAGUAGCCCUGCUACUGACGUACUUCCACAUGAUGUCGUCAGUAUGGAUAUUCAUCUAUUGCUUCCAUAUUUUCAAAGUUUUCUGCAGGAAGGAGCCCCCUAAGAGAAAAUAUUAUUUCAUAUGUGGCUAUGGACUACCUAUGUUGUUUUCCUUGGUAUCUUUCUUGCUGGCCCCCCAGAGCUACGAAACCCGCAAAUACUGCUUCAUGUCUGUCCAAAGAGGCAUGAUAAUAAACUACAUGGUCCCAGUCUUCUGCUUGAUGAUUCUCACGGCCGUGUACUGCAUCAAGGGUAUCGGCAUAUUCAACAUGGAGCUGAACACCCUGCAGGCCAACAGCAACCUGGACUCACUCACCCUGUACAACACCCAGAUGGAGGUGGUGAUGGGGAAGAAGUGCUCCAACGUAGACGCUGUGAAUUUACGCGCCUCCAAGUCCUGCCUGAGGAGACUGUGCGCCAUGCAGACGAUGUACGACAUCGUUUGGUUCUUCCUGGUGUUGGCCCUCGAGAAUGUGAGAGAGGGCAGUUCGAUGGCAGUCGUGUAUGCCUUCACCAGCUGCUGUUUGAAUUGGUAUAUUUUCGCCAAACUUAAGGUAUUCUUCCCAAAUGCAAACAAGCCGAAGCUGAAGGAAGUCACAUCGGACGGUAUCCCAAAGCAAUGCAACGGUGUCGAAAAUAUAGAUUUGAGCCCAGUAACUUCGGAAAGCAACAAACAAGGAUCAUCGGACAGCGUUCCCCUGCUUAUAGAGAGCACCGAAUUGAAAAUUUUGCACCAUAACCCCAAUAUCAGUACUAUUAGUAGUUAAAUUAAAAAUUUUAUAUCUACGAAGAUUCGUUGCCAAAUGUUAGAGUUGACAGAAGGAAGGUAAAAAAUGGAAAGGUUGUGAAAUAAAAUAGUUUGUCUAA